AUAUAAAGGUCCCGGUGCGUCCCGAGGAGGAUGGUCCAGUGGUGCUCCGUUCUCUUCUUCGUACAACACAACAAAACUAAAGGCCUCCCCCAGAAAGAGUUGACAUGUGUCGGUCAGUGCUCCUCGCCCUGCUCGGCCUCAGUCUGGGGCUGAUAAACGCGUUUCCUACCGAGCAGCCGGAUGGGGGUAAAAACUGGGUGGUUAUUGUAGCUGGAUCCAAUGGCUGGUACAACUACAGACACCAGGCUGAUGCUUGCCAUGCCUACCAGAUCGUCCACAAGAACGGCAUCCCAGAUGAGCAGAUUGUGGUUAUGAUGUACGAUGACUUGGCACAGAAUGAGGAUAACCCCACCCCGGGAAUAGUGAUCAACAGGCCGAACGGCACAGAUGUGUACAAGGGAGUUGUUAAAGACUACACCGGCGAUGAUGUGACACCUGAAAACUUCCUGGCAGUGCUGAAAGGCGACUCUUCCAAAGUCAAAGGCGGCUCUGGCAAAGUGUUGAAGAGCGGGCCCAAAGAUCACGUGUUUGUUUACUUCACCGAUCACGGGGCUCCAGGCAUUCUGGCCUUCCCUAAUGAUGAUCUCCAAGUUGACGACCUCCAAAAAACCAUUAAAUACAUGCACGAAAAUAAGAAAUACAAAAAGAUGGUGUUCUACAUUGAAGCCUGCGAGUCCGGGUCAAUGAUGACCCACCUGCCUGCUGAUAUUGACGUGUAUGCCACCACUGCUGCCAACUCUCAUGAGUCCUCUUACGCCUGCUACUAUGACGAGAAGAGGGACACAUACCUGGGAGACUGGUACAGUGUUAACUGGUUGGAGGACUCCGAUGCCGAGGACCUGACAAAAGAAACCUUGCUAAAACAGUUCAAGAUCGUAAAGCGUGAGACAAACACCAGCCACGUCCAGCAGUUCGGAAACAAGACUCUGGCCCACAUGAAAGUUAUAAGUUUCCAAGGAAACCCCAAGUCCAACACACAGCCAGCUCCAGUGAUCCUGCAGCCGAUUGCAGAUCCCGAUCUGACCCCGAGCCCUGACGUUCCUCUGGCCAUCCUCAAGAGGAAGAUGAUGGCCUCCAACGAUAUCAACGCUGUGAGGGGGCUGCUGAUGGAGAUCAACAUUCACCUCAAGCUCAGGGAGAUGAUGGCUCAGACGAUGCGCAAAGUUGUGGAGAAGGUGACCGACGAUAAGCACAAGGCCGAGGAGAUUCUCAACACCAAAGCCGAUCUAUCCCAGCAUCAGUGCUACAAGGCUGCGUUCAACCACUACAAACACAACUGCUUCAACUGGCACAAAACUGAGUAUGAAUACGCUCUGAGACAUCUGUACGCUCUGGUGAACCUGUGUGAGAGUGGAUAUCCUGCAGAAAGAAUCCUGUUGGCCAUGGACUCUGUGUGCCGUUUCAUCAACUAAAAGGAUUGUUCUACAAAUCCAUGAAAGCCUCGAUCAAUCUGGUUCCUUCGUGCCUGAGAAGACGAGGCUUCUCUUUGCACUUCUUAGAAUCAAUGUGACGCAAAGUCAACGUUAUUUUAUCAACACUAUACCUUUCUUUUUUUUCUUAUUUUUAAAGAUUUGUGAUGUUUUUUGAUUUUACUGAGAAUUUUUUUUACAUGUUUUUAUGGUAAGUUGCACUAUCACUGUGAAGAGUUUGUGGAUGAUAUUUUACCGCUUCUGAUUCAAGACGGUUUCAUGAGAAAAAUUUUGCUCUUAGCUUUAUCAGCCGCUCCCAGCUUUAUGAAUGUUUGAUUGACGUGUAAGGGGCAUACACUGAACACUGAAUGGUUGUCCAUCCUCAAGAGACUUUAUUGUAACACAAGGAUCUUGGAAAUAAAAUCUGACAGACCAAAACUGCCACUAAA